CGCGUCUGCAUUUCUUUAGUUGGUUUUGUUAAAAAUCGUUUCUUUGUCACAACCACAAAACCCCCCCAAGAACAAUAAGUCAGAAGGCUGGCUGGCUCCUCAGAAAACGAGCGAGGAAAAAAAAGGCAAAAAAAAAAAAAAGCGGACAUAUGAUGGUAAUGGGAAGGUGCUUGUCGUGAAGAAGAUGUAACCGAGCAAAGCAGAGAGAGAGAGAGUGUGUGUGUGGGUCUGCCUGCCUGACUAAGCUUCGGCGUGUAUCGGGAGACGGGUCUUUCUUUUCUUUAAUUAUCAUGUUUAUGGGGGGGUAGAGAGAGACAUAAACCAACCAAUGUAAUGUCAGAAGAACCAAGAACGCAAAGCAAGCCUAGAGAGAGACACACAGACAUACAUUUGGUAAAACAGCUUUGGGGGACUUUAAUUUUGGCUUUGGUUGGAUUCUUGGCAUUCAAUAUCUAAUCUUUAUGCAGUUCUUUGGUAGGAAACUGCUCAAUAAUGACCCAUUACUUUCCCUCCCUCUGUCUGUCUGUCUCUCUCUCUGGGUCCAUUUUCCCCUAAAUUAGUGGUUACUGACCUCUUUUUAAUCCUCUUCUUUGGUUCUGUCUGGAUUUUAUCUUCUCAUUCUCACCCCCUUCUUCUGCAUCCAAGACCUUGCUUUGCCUCUUCUUGGUAGCUGGUGUUUCUGUUUCCAUUUCUUUUAAAUUGCUAUCAAAUUCUCCUGAGAAAGUGAAGGAGUUUGUUGUGAAGCUUAGAUUAAACGCCUUUAUUUUUUUAUUUUUUUUUCUGGAGGCGUUGAUUUUAGAUCGGUCAGCUUGCUCUGAAGCAUCUCAAAGACAUUCUCGGAGCUGACUUUGAGAAGUGGAAGUUGAUUAGACAUAUAUAUCUCAGCCCUAAUGCAAGGGCAGAGAAGUGCAAUAAGUUCCUUGCCAGAAGCUCUUGAUAUUGAUCUUCCAUCUUCUUCUUCUUCUUCUUCUUCUUCUUCAAGCAAUGGCAUGAAUAGUCAUCAGCUUUGUUGGAAUACUACACAUAGUUCAUCAGAGGGCCAAAUUUCACGGGGUAUGGUACCGCCUAGUGAUCAAAUGGCAUUUUUGAACUCAGUUAAUCAUGAGCGGCAGAACCUGCUGGGCAGCAGCAUACCUGAGCGUGGUUCUAGCAGUUCAUUUCAUGAGGUUGGUAGUAGUGAGUGGAAAGAGGAACAUGGAUGGUUGUCUUCAGCAGGAUUUUCUGGUGGUUCUGGUCCACUUAUUGAAGAUCAUCAAAGAAGUGCCAACAAUAGAAGAUUCUUGUUAGAUGAUGUCAGCGUGAAUCCGCUGAUGAUUCAAAGUUCUCGUUCUAGUUGGAUUGGGCAGAACCUAAACCUGAAUGCAGGUCAUGGCAGUGAUAGUUCUUUUUCUGAGUCUCCAAGUUUAUACUCGUUGACUGGACUCAAUGGUCAACAACUUCCUCCCGCUGGUUGCUCUGAUCCUUUCAUGAUACCUCCAGGGCAUGGUAAAUGUAUUGUGGGAGAGAAUGAUGGUGGACAAGGUGGCUCAUUGGAUAUCAGGCACAUACCUUGUAAAAGAAAGUCUCUUGAAGGACAUGUUGGUCAAUCUUCUAUUGGUGAAAGCCCUCAUUUUCUUGAAGUGGAAGAAACUAGUGCACAGCAUGCUACUUCUGCUCACAGUAACAUCAGCACUAACUCAAAUAUGUCUCAUGUGUCAGAACAGGCAGAUCCACGACUAGGGUCAAGCGUGAGUCAUGUGACAGGAAUAGUUUCUCAUGGUCCUCCUUAUACAAGCGUUUCGGAAAGUGCGGAAACCUCACAGAGAAGUUCUCGCCUGAGGAUCAAUUCUUCUAUGCACAACUGUCCAAACUCUUCCAUCAUACACCCUAUGGGAGGUGCUCUUAGCAACUCCAAUGUCUUGUCUACCUCCCAGUCAUCAAGAUUGAUUUCAGUUGACCAUUCCUUGGACUUGCCUUUGGCACCUGGAUCUAGCAACGUCAAUGUCCAAGACCAGCCUGAUAUGCUUGAUCUGCCUUCUUGGCCAUACCCUGAACAAUCAAUUAGGUGGAGCAGAGGUUCUAUCACUAGACCUGGCACUUCAUCUAGUUCAGCUUUCUCUAGAAACAGAGGUGAUGAGCUGCAAGAAGCCAGCUUGGGCAGGUUUUCAAGAAAUAUUGGGAGACACCCUAUGUAUCUACCUGCUAGUGAAUUGAGAACUUUGGUUCAAGGACCAGUAUCUGGAGAUAUACCGGGUGGAAGUAGUGCAAUUCCAAGAAGUACCACAUAUACUACUCAGGCUGGAUCCAGUACAUCUGUCCCUCAAUCAUCUCAACCUAACUCGGUGCCUCAUCGCAGUCGUCAUUCCCAGUACCCCCGAAGAUUAUCUGAAUACGUCCGCAGAUCGUUGUUAGCUUCCAUUGGGAGCGAGACGGAUCAUAGCAGCCAUUCUUCAGAUGUUUCAGGCCAUUCUGCUUUCUCACAAGAUGUUGUUCUUUCAUCCGGGUCUCGUAACCAGGGUCAUCGUCGGUCAUUCCCCAGGUCAGCACCUUGGAUGGAAAGACAUGGUGAUGCACUAGGAAUUCCGUACUCAGUGCGAACUUUGGCUGCGGCAAGUGAAGGGCGAAGAAGGCUUGUUUCAGAGAUUCGGAGUGUGUUGGAUCAUAUGCACCAGGGAGAGGGCUUACGUCUUGAGGAUGUCAUGAUUCUCGAUCAAUCAGUAUUCCUUGGGGUAGCUGAUAUUCAUGAUCGGCAUGGGGACAUGCGGCUUGAUGUCGAUAACAUGUCUUAUGAGGAAUUAUUGGCAUUGGAAGAACGCAUUGGAAACGUCAGCACUGGGCUGAGCGAGGAAGCCGUAUUAGCUCGCAUGAAGCAGCGCAAAUACACAGUUCUAGUUUGCAUGGACGUGGAGGCUGAAGCCUGUUGCAUUUGUCAGGAGUUGUACAACGAGGGAGAGGGUGUUGGGACUCUGGAAUGUGGGCAUGAUUUCCACACUGACUGCAUAAAGCAAUGGCUGAUGCACAAGAACUUGUGCCCCAUCUGUAAAAUGACGGGUCUGACCAUGUGAGAUGGGGCCCGUCAUUUUUUCUGCUGAUGUCUUGAUGAUGUUUGGCCAGAUGAGGGAAAGGUACUCAUAGCAUCUCAGCAGUUCACAGAAUUAUAUAUGGAGUCAGCGCAUGCCUGGAAUGGGCGUGGAAGAUCUGAAGAAACAUAUAAAAGUUGCAUAUCCUUCGAAGGUAGCUAUCUAUUGCUUAGCAGUUAGCACUAAGAUGGUGGCAUCUCUGAGGGGACCGGUGAAUCGUAUUAGUCUUCGAAAAAUAAGCUGCUGCGCAGCAUUUGCGCAUAGACGGCCUUGUUUGGCUCCGGCUAUAAAAGGGUGUUAAACUCCACCUGUACUGGAAAAAAUGGAGCACUCCAAUUUGCAUCGAAACGGAAGCAUUGAGACUCUUGUUCAUGCAUGCCCUAUUUUUUUCUUGCUAGAAUUUGUGGAAAACAAGAUUCAUGUUUCUUCCAUGUUACCGAGUUAAGAGCGUGCUUCACUGUCUAAGAAAUGGAGUGUGUUUCCUUGA